AGAUGCGACUCGCAAGUCCGCAACAGACCGCGCCUCUUCCAUUGCCGUUCUUCAUACACUGCCCGCCUGGACUCUUGCCAGCUCGGGGGGCCAGCCCCGGAACGUUGGCGGUUCUCCUCCCGCAGAGUUCUUCCCAGUCCACAGUCGCAACUGACUCGUUGUUUACGCGACCCUCCGCUAGCGGUGUCGCAGUGUCUCAACGAGAGUGAGAGAUGGUUUCCAAAGUACCACUGCUAGGGAACGGCGCUGCAGGCCGAGAUGCACUAGUGGAAGCCCAAACACUUCUGCUUGGGAAGCAGGAAUCCAC